CUAAUCCAACUCUCCGACCACCAGUUCGCGACAAUUUGCGUCAACGAGAGGAGCUUAAGUCGGAUUUUCAGUCUCAAGGCGAAUACAUUUAGUUUGUCAAUCGGUGGAGGUGAAUCCUCUUCAUCCAACAGUCUGCCGAGAGAAGUCGUCCGAUUCGCAUUUAGUAAGAGUUAGGAGAAAAAAUGAACGGCGGUAAACCGGUGAACUGAGUGAAACGCGAAACCGAACAGUGAUUUGAUGAAUUUUUUAGUCAAUAACAUACCGACUACCGAGUAGAAAAAGAAAACAUUCGUAAAAUGUUCAACUUUUUUAAACGUUCAAAGUCGCAAAAAUCAAAACAAAAACAUGAGCAAAAACUGCAACAGCCGAAACGGGAUGGGAAUGCAUCACAGUAUGCUGCGCCGAGCGCGUGCGUAGCGAGCACCUUGGAGACGCAGCUGCCGACGGUGGUGCAGCAACACGUUCGAGAAGGCAGCUACGAUCGUAAUGAUGCUAAGGUGUAUCUUACCGGCGAGUUCGGCGGAAAUGGCAGAGAGGGUGGAAGUAUUAAAAAUAAGCAACAUUCACCGCCAAGUGUGGCCAGCUUCAGUCCGAGUGAUAUAAUCCACGAGAACGGUCGUUCGUUCGGCUACGAGAACGGUAUCGCGAUCGAAUUCGCCGACGAGGAAAGCGACGGCGACGGAAACGCGAUCAAUGAGUGCGUGCAACGCGAGAAUUCACUGCCAAUUCAAGUACGGGGGGAACCGAACGAUUCGACAUUUGAACGAUCAUCUAGUUACAAUCAAAACGCGGUCCUGUUCGAAAGUGAUAUGGCAAAGGGAAGAAAUAAACGACGCUAUCAGCAGCAGCAACAUCAAGGUAGCAAGAAUUUCAACCAUCAACAAGGUCAAUCUGUGAAUAAAGAUAGCCACCUGCUUCAGAAGCAAACUGAAAAUAGUUUAGACAAAUUUGAAAAAGCAGGCAUAGGAAAAGUGGGCACAACUACGCCUACUGAGAACGAGAUUCAAGUACAACAAUCUGAUGAUAAAGUUUACCAGAACGAUUCCAAAGAAGAACAGAAGGUAACGAACGUUAGCAGCGAUGCUGAUUUUCAGCAACGAUCGGUUCCCAUGGUCGAUGACGUCAAAGGUAAAAACGUUGAAGAUCGUGAGGAUAAAAAUAGAGUCGUGGUUCUCUCGGUUAUUAACAAGUCUUCGUUCGCAGAACGACCCGAUCAAUGCGAUGGUGUGAGUAUAGUGUCAGAAGGUAGCACUGCGACGGCGCAGUCUUCGACGUCACCGUUUUCGUUAACUCAGACAACAGUUAAUGGUUUCCCUACCGGUACCGAAUGUAAUGAGCUAUUAAGCAGUAUCAAUAGCAGCUCAGUGUCGCAGCAGUAUCCUCAAGCAGAGCUCCAUUCAUCCGCUACUACCAACAUCAGCGAUGACCAGCGCAACCCGCUCGCCAGUGGAAUCGUAACUACCGAAGACGUAACAUCGAACAAGGAAAUGGGACAGCAGCCAAGCAAGACAAGUGAUUUGACGAACCGCAGCAGACGAUCAGCUACACCAACUCACCAGCCUACUUUGAUAGUGCCGUCGAUCCAGCAACAGCUGUCAGUGCAUGUGAAGCCGGAUGCUUUUAGGGACGAUACUAGCGAUGAUAGAGACGUCUUCUAUGAAGCGACGGAAUCAGUUUCGCCCACAUCCCCACCAUCAUCGGCCUCCUUGGAUGGUGGGGUUAAUAAGACACUUUCACCAUUUUUACCUAGUCAAAAUUAUGACCCUGGUUUAAGUCAAAAACAAUCCAAUCCAAGUGAACUUCGAAUUACUCCGAAAAAACGAGUAGUGUUUAGUGAUCAACUUAUUAUCGAGGGAAAUCCAUUGCAGGAAAAUGAUUCGAGCAAUGGUUUCAGUGAUAGUACCGCAAGUACUGAAUCGCUCUCGGACUCUUUAAAUUUAGAACGGGAGAUUUAUGAAUCCACUGCGAAAAAUAAUGAUGAACAAAUGCAUGCGGCAUUUUUGCCCGGUUCGCCUGUGAAUAAUACAAACGGUGUUAACGUUGUGCUUAGUGUUAGUAACGAACAACAUGCAUUUAACAGUGAUAAUAGUGGCAUUUUAGGUAGUGUUCCUGUGCUCAGUACCAAGCGCAAGCUAAUCGAUUUUAAAUAUGACGACAGUGAUCCCAAAGACACGAAAGAAAAGUUCGACGAAACGACCUCUCAGUCAAAGAUCGUUGUGAUCGAUGGUGACAGUUUGCCAGUUCCGGAUAAUGAAACCAGCUUGGUCGUGGAAGAUGUCAUUAGCCUACCGGACGUGGUUCAACCGACCAGCAUCGAGAAAGCUGCCAAACAACCCUUCAACACGGUUGAUAAAAUCAACAGUGAAAUGAAGGAGCUAGUGAACCAGGAGUCACGCUACAGUGCAAAACUCGAGGAUGCCGAGAAGCGGGCAAGCGACGCACAAACCAAGGUGUACGAGUUGCAGUCGCGGUUGGACGAUGUGAAACGAGACGUUUCAUUGAAGGAAUGCAAUGUAGAACGUCUCAAAGCGGAACUGGAAGCGGCGUGCAAGGAAUGCGACGGCAUCCAGAUGCGCCUGCGGACGCAGAAUGCCCAAAUGGACGCACUAAGACUGAAAUACUCCGAACGGGAGGAUGAGCUAAAUCUUAGGUACCAAAAUUUAGAGGUAGAGCUACUGGAGGUGAAUGAAAAACUCAAGGACGUACGUCAGCUGGCAAACGAGCUGAACAGUCAGCUGCUCGAGGCCAAAUCGGAGGCGCAAAAGCUGAAGGAGGAGCGCGAUAAGCUGCUGGAGGAACGAGCCGAGGAACAGAAAAUAAUCAAGGAGGCACUCGAAAUAGCGUUGAAGGAACGCACUCAGGUCGAGGUGAAAUGGAAGAAUGACUUUGAGCGAUUACGAACGGUACAUUCCGACCGGGAGGAACAUCUGAUGGAGGAUUGCGAGUGGAAGAUCCGGUCGAUGCAGAAGCACUGCAAGGAGAAACUGGAGGGCGCAGAACGGGAGCGAAAGAUGGCAAUGGAUAAAGCCGUCCGGUUGGAGCAGGAGACGAGAAAACAUUCAGAAGAGGCCAAACACCUGCGAACGUACGAAGCGGAAGUUGCACAACUGCGAGGACUAACAUAUGAUCAGAAGGAAGCACUGACUGCCAUGAGUCGCCAGGUAGACAAACUGAAGGCGGAACUGGAGGUUGCGAACAGUAAACUAGAAGCUGAAAUCGUAAAAGUUCAGCAAAUUAAGAGUCGCUGUGAAUAUCAACUGUGCGAGAAGGAACGAGAAGCUCUCAAUCGAAUUGAGAUCGCCCGCGGUGAAAUUGCCAUGCAGUGGGAGGAUCGGCUGCUGCACGAGAUGAGCCGGCUAAAGUACGAGCUAGAGCAGAUGCACAUGGAGGAACGGUUGUCCGCGAUCGCUAAACUUAAGAAGGAGGCCCUGGAGGAAACAGAAGCACUUACCCACAAGUUUAAUGUGCGCGAGAAACAGCUCAAAAAUGAGAUCGACUCAUUAAAAGCGAAGCUGAAAAAACAGAAACAAGCGAUGGAGGAUGCACAAACGGAGGCGGAUGCCAAGCUUGUGCAAUCACGAAUGUUUGUGGAACGUGCGGAGCGGGAACAUGAGGCGAUUCUGGAGAAGGAGAUGUCCAAAAGGGAUCAGAUUAUCGAGGACCUGAAGGUGCAGCACGAGAAGGAGAAAGAGGAUAUGGAGCAGCACUUCAGUUUACGGAUUCAGCAGGUACAGGAGGAAUUCGCUCGCGAGUUAUCCGAUACCACUGAGCUGCUUAAGGUGAACCACAAAAGGGAACUAGAAAAACAAUGGAAACAACUGGUGCAUGAGAAGGAAGAAGCGCUACAGCUGAUGGAAUCCCGACAGCGAACACGUAUGGAGGAAGCUGAAAAUAAAAUCAGCAACAUACAAAACAGAGGAAUAGCUUCACCUUCACCGUCUACGGCAAGUCACGACAUCAACAAUAAUACCGACAGUAACGACAACACUUGCGACGCACUGACCUCGCACGAGCCGUUUGCGAAUUUAGCGCACCUCCUUGUAGAUUUUGUAAAGCGGGCUUAUCCCAUGUUUCCGGCCCUGGUGAUCUUUUACCAGACACAUUCCGGUUUGCUGGCUGUGAUCACGUUCCUGUUGACAGUGGCACUGAUCGUCUACAUUAAACUGCGCCGGAUAAAUAGAGUCUAAUUGUGUGCUUGGGUUUGCCCCGGAUAAAUCACGUUUUCUUUUUUCGAUUUUAAGCACAAAUUAACUUGUUUUUAACCUCAAAUAUUUCGAUCAUACUCAUGAAUUUAGAGAAUGGAUAAACUUCUGAACCCGUGAAAAUUUGGGAUUCAUCAAUACUUUGUGAAUCGAUGAAUGACAUAUAGAUCCGAGCCGGCGCAGAUUUUGAAUAGAAAUUUUGCACUCACUGAUAACAAUUUUACCAUAUUUAGGGUUUACACGAAGUACUUUCCUUCAUUUUAACGGAGCAUUUCAAUCGAUACAUUUACCUAAUUCAAUCCUUAAAACAUUUAUAGAAUAACGACUACAUUAAUGUUAAUUAUAUUUGUUUAAUGUUUUUAAUAAUUUGGGCUGGCGGUGACACGCGAGGCAUCUAUUUGGCCAGUUAGUAGUUUUCCUACGAAAACGGUUCUGGAUAUAUUCCGUCUUUUGGCCAAAGUGUCCAUAUCCAGCAGACAGCCAUGAUCAAUGUAUGGUGGUAGCUCGAUCGGGUUGCAAAAUGAAGGAAUCUUGCUUGCACUGCUUCAAUUCUGUUAUUCCAAAUGUACAUAUAAGAACACUAGAUAGAUUUUUUUCGUUCUUGUUUAUUUGACACGGCUCAAGGCGUUAGCAAUUUAGCAUAACUGUCCAUCGGGUCCUGUUGACGCAGCGUGUUGAGACCCUCUUCCUUGGUGGUGAAACAUUAGGAAAGUUGUCUGCCGCAGCUUGAUGGUUAUUCCCUCGCGUUUUCGUUCACGUCCAUGUCGUCAUCGGUACUGCAUGCAUGAUGCUCACGGUCGGAUGUUCUUAUUUGUUUCUUGUACCUACAGGUCGCUGUAGUAAAUCCUUCUUAAUCGGCAUUAGGUACUUUGUUGGUUGUGAUGGUUGUUGGUUUGGAGGUAUUUGGUGUAAUCCUUGAUACUUCGCUGUUGGUAAAGGCAGUUGGUUUUGUGGUACUGGGCCCGAUCGUUGUUUAGCUGGUAUUUGUUACUGCCCGGUCUGCAGUCGUUGGUUUAACAACCGGUUAUGGUUUAGAAUACGACGAAUGUGACCGGUCUUGGUCAUAACAGAUGGGAUUUCCUUAGCAGCCUCUGCGCAAGGUUACCCGCUGUGUAGCGUCUGAUCACAGAAUUGGCACGCAGGAAUCUGCCAUGGGUGCGUGACCAAUGUUCGCUGCUUAAAUGUUACACUUUGUGAUUCGCGUUGGAUUUUCAGUUAUGAGAGGAUAGGUUUUGUCAGACGCAUUCUUACCAUACGAACUCCGUUGCGGAGACCUGGGAAGAAAUUCUUCCAAAUAUCUUCCUUAACGGUUUCCACUUCGCUGUAUUUUGAAAUGAGUUGUUUGAUAUUGGCGGGAUUAGUACACGAUGCCAGGUCAUGUAGCUUUACUUCAAUAGUGUCGUUGUCUAUGUAUGUUGGGAUGUUAUAUAAAAUGUCAUUACAUUCGACGACGUGUUUCAAGUUGUUCUACGAAGCAAAUGAUCCUGCUUGACUAAUGUUUUCAUACAUAAUCAGCACCGCAUGACGUAGAUGGUAGAAUUGUACAGCGUCAGCUUCUGCUACAUUGAGCUUCAUGUUCAACUUCACGAAUCAAUAGACUUACCAGACAUUUCGAAAAGUCAAGAGCAAUACAACGGGGCAUAAACUUGAUUUGCAUUGUCACUCAUUGUUUGUUCACGUUUCACACACUAAGUGGACAAGCGGCGUACGGGUAAAUUUGAAUGCUUAUCUUACUAUAGCAGCAAAGCGAUUUCUAGCUUCUGAGCAAGAUGAGAAACCGGACUGACUGACACAAGAUAAAUGCUAAAGUUUAAAGGAUAGACCGAACAAGCACUGGCGGCUCCAGGUAGGGGCACGAGAGGAACGUGCCGACCAGAAACUGUUUUGGUAAAAAGAUAUUUGCAUUUUCCUACUUCAACACACUCUAGAUGUGAUCAAAAAGGGAAUCAGUUUUGUUCUUUGUAAUACUUUUUUAACCAAGUAAAAGACAAAUAAUUAAAUUUGGUAACAAAAUUAAUUUCGAAUUUUUGCUAGUAACAAGCAAAAUAUAGUUUCUACAAAGGUUGUGUUACCGGUAAUACCGGUAAUGAAAAUCCGAGAAUCUCGACGGGCUCGUUAUUACGUUAUUGCCUUGGUGGAGGUUUGAUGAGUAGGGUUCAAAGUUAUCUUUUCUGUUCAGAAUCCCUCACUCUGGCACAUAAUGAAUGAAAUCGGUAGUAAGCUCUAACUAUUUAACAUGUGCUGGAUUGGCGUAAGAGCUUUAUCACCAAGUAAAAAAAACACACACAUACACAACAGGACCCCAUUUUUGACCAUUGAAGCAAGUCCUUGCUGUUAUAACAGCUGGCUAGAUUUUGCCAUAACGUUAUCAUGGAACUGCUGAUGCUGAUUUUCUCGUCACAGGAACAGUUUCCUUGCCAAACCAAACGUUUCGAAAAGAAAUUUUAAUUUGCUAGAAACCGUGAGCAGCAGCUUUGUAAAAUUCGAGCUCCUGGAUUUAUUUGAAAUUGGCUUUCGCAUAACCAUCAAAUUUCGUCAGCACCUGGUCGUACGGGCCCGAAUUCUGACCGAUUUCUGUUGGGAGCUACUAUUUGGUUGUUUAUUUUCUCGGUGACAUUUGUAGCCUCAUCGAAGACGGAUUAGCCGCACAGUUCUGUGUUCAGUUUUUCGCCAUAAUGGGAUAGAUUUUUAACAAAUAUACCAAAAACCAAUAGUUCUAAGUGAGCUACUCUAACCUUUCAAAGGCUGCAUUAAGAUAUUGGAUUUCAAUCAGUUAUGGUCAACGAGUGAGAAACGACGCUUCUCAACAGAUUGACCUUUAUUGAAUGCGGUUGAAUCACGACUUGUGCUUGGACUUGUUGGUCUCUGAUUUCGUUUUCUCUGGUUUUUCUGAAAAUACUAGCUCUAAUAUGAAUGCUGUGGCGUUGGGUUAGAAAAAUUGCGCUAUGAUCCCAAACAGAGAUUCUAUUUGCGAAAGUAAAUUGAAAAUUCAUUGAGAUGUUAAAAUUUCUUAUCGAUAACAAAACAAGUAUUCAAUUUGAUGUUUUGCCGAGGAAAAAUGAAUAAACAAAAAAACGCAACAAAAUGAGAACAAACUUUGAUAUCUUGUAUGUCACCUGAUGAUAACCUGAAAUUAAAUUUAAAGCUUAUUAUUAAAAUAUGAUUUCGUCAAUGCUUUCUGAGUUUGUAUCGCUAACAGACCUGCUAUAGUGAAGCCUUUCAUAUCACUCAUUGUAUCCUGAUCGACUGCUUAAAAUUGGGCUUGACUAUCUGUAAAACAAAAACAUUCACCAUGUGUUGUUUAUGUUAACAAAAUCAAUGGCGAAAAGGAUUCCUUGACGAUAAGUAGAGGAAAAUGAUUCAAGGGUGUUGUGAUUUGUCUAACUAUUCACAUAUCUCUAAAUACGAACCGUGUUCAGAAAUAAGUUUCCGAAAUUCGACACCUUUUUUGUCAGAAAGGUGUGCCAUCCCUUUGCCAGCCGGCUGGAGCCGCCUAUGCGAACAAGUGAAGAAUACAGAGCUCUCAAACAAUAUGGAUCAGUGAACUCUUUAACUAGCCUUAUAAUGAAGCCAAGGUUUCUAUUCGCCUUUGAUAUUACAUGAGAGCAGUGGUAGUCUAGAAGAACACCAAGAUCUCGAUCGACUGACACUCUCUCGAGCACGUCCCCAGAAACAGUAUAGUUUCAGACUGUUGGAUUUUUUUUUGCGCGUAAUAGAAAUCGCAUUUAGAUACAGUAAGUGUCAACAAAUUUAGGUAACACUAAUCACAGAAAGCUGCUAUGGACCGUACCAUGAGAAACGAUUGAAGAUCUUCAGCAUAUACACCGAAACCUCCAUUUACGAACUCUAUUUUACGUAAUACUAUGUUCACACUACAAAGUUCAAAUACGUUAUAAUAAUUAGAAACAAGAAAAAUGUCGCCAAGAUAGCGUUAAAACAAGUUUUAGCUCGUAGUGUGAUCAUAGUAUAAUUUUCGAUUUAUGUAACUUUUUGACGUAGGACUACGUCUUUGUUUUCGAUAUAGGGGUGCACGUUGCAAAUUCUACAAAAAUGGUAUGUAACGAAAAGUGGUCCAAUUUUAAACGCAUAUAAUUCAGUCAUCUCACGAUAAAUUUUAAUUUUUUUUGCGCAUAUCGCCCCGAAAUACUUCUAAGAAUAGAUUCCAAUAGAUAAACCCAAAGAUUUUUGAUAUCAUGGCAUUAAAAAUUUAAAUAAUGAACAACCUAGUCAAAAUACCACGCAUUUACACAGAGAAGAUAGCGCUUCCCUAGUCCAGCACGACUGAUUUGUGUACCUAGCGCGCUACGCUUCUGUGAAUGACCUCAUCAUCGACUAUUCAAACGGACGGAUUUCGCCAGACCAGCUCCAGUUGCCUGUUGAACGGCAGACGAAGCAGAUCACUGCGCUGUGUGUUUUCACAGCCAGUGUAGCUGAGUUAGAAGUCCGUUACACUGGCUGUGGAGGUACGCUACCCAGUGAAUGCGACUGAGCUUGUACCCUUCAAUCACUAUGCUAUCUUUGGUGUUGUGCUCGUUUCCAGCACACUUUUAUGUAUAAUUAUUGCCCGUUUCGUCUGUCGAUAGACUUUCGUGCACAUUUUAAAAGCAGCAAAAUAAAUGUCCUCACGUUAAACUGCACGGGGGACAGCAAAUAAACAAACCGAACAUCUUAUGCACAAUCCUAGAGAGGGCGUUGAAUGUUGUUUUUGUUAGCCGCCGCAACAACCAAACUAUGGUAAAUGCGGUGUGAGCAUAUAUUCUUGUGACAACAUUAUUUUGCUGUGAGUCUAUCUGGGGGUAAAAUUCGCAAUAUUAGUACACAAAAUAGUUUGUACAUGCGAGCUCCAUUUGCAAACACGAUUAAUAUAGUGUCGUGGUAUUAGUUGUUUCUUUCGCUCUACCCAUCAUCAUGAGCGUUGAUUCAUUUUUCUCUGUGCGCUUGGGUUUAAUAUUUGAGGCGAAUGUGUAGGUAGGUAGAUCUAAUUUGUUACUAAAUAGCACAACGAAAGUUUAUUAUUUACAUUCGAUAAUUCUACUAAUAGGUACAUACUACAACGCCUAUUUAUGAAUGAAUACACUGCCAAUUGAAAAGCCGUUGCAAAAACGGAUCUUGUCCAUAUAUAAAAUUGUUUUCGAUUCUUGUAUAUUUAUAGUUUCGAUAUAUGAUUAAGACCACUGCAUUCGCUAUACUUGUAUGCGUACUUUAGGAAAGUUACAAUAAUGGCAAAAUAUAACUAGAAUGCUUGGUCUAUACAUGAAAUUAUAUUUUAUAUUAUAUUGUCUAAAAUGUGAUUUUUCUUCACUGGUCCGGGUUUUUUACCACACACAAUCGAACAGUUUUUACAAGCUAAUCUUAUGCUAUAAAGAUUUAGUUCCAGAUAUUAGUUCGGUCACAGUUUUCUGUCUUCUUUCUUUCGAUCUUCUAAAAUAAGUUUAAUCGGAUUCGAUCACCUACUACAAAUGAAAUGACCUGAAAAUCAAGAAGGUUUGGUUCAAUAUGUAAUAUUCGAUGUUGAUUGGUUGUGUUUAAACCAUACGUAAGAAAUAUAUUUGAUUUAUUAUUACUAUAAAUGUACUAAGAAAAUAAAUAUUUUACAUUAAGUAGUAUAGUCCUACGUCUACAGCUCGUGCAACCCCAUAGGGUUGCCCCUUGUAGUUUUUUACGAACUAAAUUCGAAAUAACGAACUCAUUUUUUAAGUACCAAGUUCGUAAAAAAAGUUUAAGUACGAACGCAGCGCGUGAAGUUGUACACAAUUUAAAAUAUUCCAUCACUAAGAAAUGUUGAGUAUUUUCGAAAUGGGAUUGACGAGUAGAUGACGGAAAUCAAUAUUUCAUACCAAUUUGCAAUCCAAAAUGGUUGCAUCCGGUUUAGAAAACUUUCUAUAAACUCAACAAUAUAAGCAUUUUCGGUAUGGAAUUGACGAGAUGACGAAAAUCCAUUGCUUGAGCUAUAUUGAAAUCUAAGAUGACGACUUCCCGUUCCGGUAGUCCAUAGACGUGGCCUCAUAAUCCUAUUUGAUUAUUAAUUAAAAAUUUCCAGCGCAAAAAUUGGAAAAAUUGAUAUUUUUAUUUUUGAAUCUUUAGGCUAAGAAAAAUAUGCUUAAGAACAUAUUUAUGUUCUCGAAUUUUGCUUGGUCUCUUCGGGAGCACCUCGGGAGCAGAUAAAAUCAGGGGCUGAUAAAUCGGUUCUUUACUGUAUCCCAAUAAUUCUCUACAAAACAAACAAAAUGGAGAUUUUCGGAAAUAAAAAUUAACGAGUAAAUGACAGAAAUCAAUGCAUUAAAUACAUUUUGAUUUAUGAGAUAGCGACUUCCGGUUGAGCACAAUUAUUGAUGUGCCUAACAUUAACAUUAACAGUUUUCGGAAUGGGGUGCAAGAAUUCAUACCAAAAAGCGAUUGUCGAUGCCAUCUUGCAAUUUUAAAUAGUGCCAUCUGGUAAAGCUAAACUUUCUACGGCCCUAACAACAUGGAGGCGGCUUGGGUAGAUUCCGGUACUCGCAAAUCAAUGUAUGAUACAACUUGUUCAUUUCAAUUUCUAUCUACUUGACAAACCCGUUCCAGGAUAAUCCGUAUUUUAAGACUUCUCGCAAAUUUUGCACGACCGGAAGUCGCCUUCUUAGAUUCCAAAAUGAGGUCACUCGUCGAUUUCCGUCAUCUACUUGUAACGUCCGUUCCAAAACUACCCGUAUUGUUAGGAUUUUAAAAAGUUUUGCUAAACUGGAAAUCGCUAUCUUAGAUUUCAAAAUGACGUCACUCAUCGAUUUCCGUCAUCUACUUGCAAUGUCUGUUCUAAAAAUACCCUAAUUGUCAAGAUGUUGAAAAGUUUUGCUUAUCCGGAAUCGUAGAUUUCAAAACGACGUUACUAAUCAAUUUCAUCAAUAUCCUAUAUACGUAAUGUACUCAUCAAGCCAGUUGCGAGAAUAUCUUGAUUCACUUCACUUACAUUUUGCUCCAUUCAUUUUAUCUGCUAUUCUUUACAGUGUAGAUUAUGCAUGUAGAUCUUUAGCCAUGUGCUCAACUACGACCUUAAUUGACCUGUGACAUUCGUUGAACUUCACACUAUAUAGAGCAUUCUGUUAUGAACCUCUAAGAACAUACACAGAAAACAAAUCAUCAACAUAUUACUUAUUGCGCUUACAGAUCUUAUAUUUCAAAAAGUAGAGGAUGACUAUAAAUGUCAAUUGGACACAAUAACUCCAUGAGUAUCAACCGCAUUCAUAUACGACAGAAAGAAAGCUGGAUGCGCUUGUAGAUCUUUAGACUUUCAUUCUAGGAAAUUCUUGGAAUAAGCAUACUUACCUGAAUGAAUAAAUAUAAGCAUACUUUGAUGCACUUUUCUGACAAACCCCCGGUUUGGUUCGGAAAAGGAGGUUCCAGUGUAUAAGUAUACAUCCUGGCUGGAUCACAUAGGAAAAGUCAUUGAAAAACAGCGAAAACAGCAAUGCUCCUAGGUUACUUCCUUGACAUGUUGAUAUGUCUCGAAUAACUUUGAUCCAGCGCAUAGUGAUGUUAUCCUUCGAUAGUUUGCCUCGUUCUGCUAGUAGCAUAGCAUAGCAUCCACAGCAUAGCAUGGAUGUCUUAUACAGUGACUUAUUCUAAAUAUGGUAUAGUGCACUGUACACCUGGCCAUAUCCUUACUUCGCUAAAGAGAAGGGAAUGUUUGUUGAAUACCUACCUUAGAAGAUAUGGAGAACCCACGCAAUAUUCAUAGGACGAAUUUCGCGCUAAAUCGCAUUUAGAGUUGGCAGUACCUUCUCAGAUUUUAAUGAAACUUUCUGUACAUGAGAACCUUGUCACAAAAAAAACUAUUUUGCAUACUUUGUUUUUCCAAAAAUGAUCUAGACUAUCUUUUGAAAAGGGGUUAAACACUUUUAACCUAUUUUUUUUCAACUGGCUUUAGUC